CAGAAUCCCAGCCUCAGAGAAGUGAUGUCCUCUCGGUAACGCAGCUGGCCAGUGUCGGUUUCAGCAGUCUGGAUGCAAGCCACAGGAGACUGACUUAAGACCUGGGGACUUGUAGUCCCUUUACCCAAGAUGCGAAGCCCUCAGCAUGGGGCAGGCAGCUAGCAGGACCAGUGAGGCUCAGGUAUCUGUGACCUUCGAUGAUGUGGCCGUGACUUUUACCCAGGAGGAGUGGGGGCAGCUGGACCCGGCCCAGAGGACCCUGUACCAGGAGGUGAUGCUGGAAAACUGUGGACUUCUGGUGUCUCUGGGGUGUCCUGUUCCUAGACCUGAGCUGAUCUACCAGCUGGAGCACGGGCAGGAGCUGUGGAUGCUGAAGGGACACCUGUCUCAGAGCGCCUAUGCAGGUACGAGCCAAGGUGCGGGCAGGUGGGGGACCCUGCAGGCUCGAGACCAGCAGGAGACCGCUGGCCCUGGUUCCCUGGGGAAGCUUCUUAUUCUGGCUUCUCUGCUGCUUUGGAAGCCAUGGAGCCCUUUGACCCGAAGUCAGCAUUCUUGCCAAGGGGCCCAGAAGGUCGCUGACUCCUCCCACCUCCCAAGUUUCAGGGAAUGGUCCUGCCACCCAAGCAGGUUAGAGACUGGAGACAGCCUCUGAGAGUUCCUCACACCCCCAGCUCCCUCCGGCCCCACUUCCGGCCGUGCCCCAGUCCCGUGCAUUUCACAUCUCCUCCGUCUCCCGAAUCCAUCACUCGCACCGCCUCCCUCAGACCGGUCCCCAGGCUCAGUGCACGCUCCCGUCGUCUUUUCUCCGGGGUUUGCUGCUAGCCUCGUAACCGGCCUCUGCGUCUGCUGGACCUCUGGUCAGCUCUGUGUCCUGCACGAGUUACCUCAGGGGCUCGGACUCGCUUCCGGGGCUUCCCACUGCCCCAGCCAUGAUGUCUCAGCGGGUGUUGGCGGUGAAAGUCAGGUCCGCCUCCUCCGUUGCUUGAUCC